ACAGCGCCCGGGGCUCUCCAGGGAAUCGCUCUGCUCCCGAGGGAACAUGGCAAAGAGGGUGGCCGUGGUGCUGGCUGGCUGCGGGGUGUUCGAUGGCAGCGAGAUCCACGAGGCUUCGGCAGUGCUGGUGCAUCUCAGCCGGGAGGGGGCUCAGGCCGAGGUUUAUGCCCCCAACAUCCCCCAGAUGCACGUGGUGGACCACGUGAAGGGACAGCCGACGCAGGAGCAGCGCAAUGUCCUGGUGGAAAGCGCCAGGAUAGCCAGGGGCAACGUCAAGGACCUGGCCACGCUGGAUGUCAAGGGGCUGGAUGCCCUCAUCAUUCCAGGUGGCUUCGGGGUGGCAAAGAACUUGAGCACUUGGGCCACCCAGGGCAAGAACUGCAGCAUCUCCAAGGAGGUGGAGGGCGCGCUGAGGGCGUUCCACGCUGCCCGCAAACCCAUCGGGCUCUGCUGCAUCUCCCCGGUGCUGGCAGCCAAAAUGUUCCCGGGCUGCGAGGUGACCGUGGGGCACGACACGGAGUGUGAGCAGUGGCCUUACGCCAAGACAGCUGAGGCCAUGAAGGAGCUGGGCUGCAGGCACGUGAACAGCAAGGUCACCGAGGUGCACGUGGACACCAGGAACCGGCUGGUGAGCACCAGCGCCUUCAUGUGCAACGCCCCCAUCCACGACGUCCACGACGGCAUCGGGAAAAUGGUGCGGGAAGUGCUCAGGCUGGCCUGAACUCCCCCAGGCACACGGCUCCUCUGUGGAUGACAUCCUUCCCACGGCAGCAGGGAAAGGGACAGCCAGCAGCUCUGUCCCCACACCUCUGGUGGCUGCUGAGGAGGGAGAGCCUUGCAGAAGUUGUGUUCUGCUGAGGGCACAUCACCCAUUGGUGGGAG